AUGCAUUUAGAAAAUCCAAGAAUUCAAGAAAGAGGGGAGGAGGAUUUUGAAAAUGAAAUAGAAUUCUUUCUGGUGAAAUUAUAUGAAAUUAACAAUGAAGAGGAAGCUACGUCUUGUAAAAUCAACUCUUUUAAGAGGAUGAAACUAAUUAAAGGUAGUGAGUUUAAGAAAGUCAAUUUGGAGAGAACCCGCCGUUUGGUUACUCAUCUAUGCAACCAUGGACAAUAUCAAUUUCUUUAUGAUACAUUUAAAAAGAACUAUUUUGAAGUUUGGACCGGUAAUAUGCAGAUUAUCCAACAGCACGAGUUGCUUUCAACGAUUCAAAGUAAGGUUCAAAAGAUAAGUGGAAGUCUGGAGCUCACAGAGUUUAUAUAUAAUGCUUUGUUUGACCAGGUUGAUACCAGGGAGUUGGCCAAAAAUGGGAUCCUGAAUGACUACUUGAGCAUGUUCACAAGGUUUUGGUGUCAUCAUAAGAGAUCUACCCAAAUCAUAUGUAAUGUAUAUUUAACUUUUGACUGCAUGUAUAAGCGGUAUAGAGCAGCUCUGAGUGAUUUGAAUAAGGAAAAUGAGUACCUUGGUUUUGUUCAAAAUGCCAACUCUUUCUUAAAGUCCAUUAUAUUAUGUCCGCAUCCUACAACAAGACAACCACAGAUAACAGAAUAUCUACCGAUCUCCUUGGUGGGAACAUUAUUGUCAUUAUUCGUGUUUUUGAAUGAAAUCAGAGAUUUUAGCCAUACCUGUAGCAUUUCCAUUAGUGAAGGACUGAAGAAAGCAGUUAGAGGCAAGUACGAAAAGACUUUCUUUAUGCUCAGAAAGACCUUUGAAAUGUUUAUUGGAUUGGAAAUAAUCAAUGAAGAUCUUAAGAAUUUGUACCUAGAAAUCUUGAGGAGGUACUAUUUAAAGAUAUUAGAGGUUAAGAAAUCUCUGGGUUUUAAGGAUUUUGUCAACUUUGUCAGAGAAUCUUUAGAAUUUGAGAAAAGCCUGUUGGUUACUCCUAAUAACAAGAAUUUGAUAUUUAGCAACAUUGAGAGCUCUGAAUCGAAGCUCGGUACCUCUCUCUUAUCUUUCAUAAACCAAGAUCAAAAGAUUCCUCUUAACGUUUUUGGAGACAGUUCAUCAUCAGAUAUUUCCAGUUUUCUUCAGCAUAGAGAAUACGAUACGAGCUGGGACCUAUUUGUUUUUAAAGUGGAGCUGAACAUCCUGGAAGUUCUGGUUUCUGACGAAAUCAUUCAGUAUUAUUCCAAAAUCAACCAGGGAAGAAGCUGUUUUACCAUGCUUGUGGCUAAUGAAGAGUUUGAGAUUUUGACUUUUCUUUUCAACGUGUUCAAGAGGAAGAAUAAAGAACAACUAUUUAGAAAGGAGCUAGAAAGGUGUAUAGUAGAGCAAGGAUUUGAUCUAGUCAGACAACUAACCAAGUACCGAUUCUUAGAUCCUAGUGAAAUGAAAGAUUGCAGAAGGACCAGCUUUAUAUUUAAGACUUACUUGGAGAAUCUGAAAGGUUUAUUAGAACUUUACUUAAAGGUUGAAAGAAUCUGGAGAAAAUCUUUUAUUGAAGAUGAGAAAAUUCGUAAUUUGUGUAUAAAUGAAGCUUGGGUUCAGAUCUUGAACUACAACGAUACCUUAGCUAAAGAGAUAAUGCGAGGAUUUUCGUUAUUAAUUCACCAUAUAUUAGUUAAAAGUUAUUACUUCCACGAAGGAGACAAUGCAGAUUUGAGGUCUGGUGGCACACAAAAAAAGCUCUCUAGAGUUAAUUUGGACAUAAUUAACUGGACUCUGAAUCCUUCAAGCGGGAAUUCUUUGGAAGAAGCUUCUACUGGUUAUGAUAUUAAGACUAGAGAAUAUUUCGAGAGCAUUAUUUACUUGUUUAAAUGCAGUAAUUUCAAAGAAUACUUCCAGAAAUACUAUCACCAGCUGCUGUCUCAGAGAAUAGUUUACUAUUUUACAAACAAUAGAAUUGGGUUUGGAGGUGAUCAAAGAGAAAUCUUUAAAUACUACUACGGCUGGAGUAAAUCCCCAGCUUUGGAUAACAACAUUGAGAUGCUAAUGAACAAAGUUGAUAUUUAUGAGAUUUAUCUCAUGAAGUUACUGUACAAUGAAUGUGGUUAUACUUUUAUUAAUAAGUCCAACUUUGUGAUUAAAGACUGGUUUGCCUGUCAGUCUAUCUUUAAAUUCUAUCUACUAGAAUCUAUUGGACAUAAGAUGGUACCUUCUAUUAAUAAUGCGAGAAAUUGCCAUUCUGAGCCCCUUUCUCUGAAAGAAAAUAUAAACACUCGAGUAAAUUUUGGUGGUUUUUCUCAGAGAAAAAAAAAGAUUAUGAAAUCUUUGAAUUCACCUCUUUGUGAAGAAAUACAUUCAUGGCUUAAAUCAGAAGAUCUUAAAAUUAGGUUUGAAGCUUCAUCUCUGGAUUGUGUGGGGUUGACUGAAAAUGACGAAGGUGAUUUUGUAAUUUCUAGUGGUAUUCCUCUUGAAAUCCAAAAAAGCCAGGAAAAUGAGGAACUUGGAAAAGAAAUAGUCCUUAGAAACAUCCAAUAUGAUGUUCCAUUUUCCUUAAUUGUAUUAUCUUCUACAAAUUGGCCUUUAAGAAAUUUCAAUAAUGUAACAGAUGGCGCCAAAAAUUCCAAUAUUUUAAAAGAACAAAAUUACUUAUUAAAUUUUCUGGAAUGUGAAUUAUUUUCUGAACAAAAAGAAAACUUAGAUAUACAAUGUAUUAGUAAUGAAAUGCAGCUCUAUCAACAAUUUUAUACGAAGAUUUACUCAAGAACUUUGACUUGGUCUUAUUUUUUGGGUACCUGUAUACUGGAUUAUUGCAUGCAUGCAAAUUGGCGCCAACGUUUAAAAAUGAUUUUAACAUUACAACAGGGAGUUUUAUUAUUAUGUUUUAAUGAGAAGAAUUCCGUGGGAUUGAGUGGAGAUCAAUAUUUAGUUUUGAAAGAUAAUAUUGACGUGCUGUUUAAUGCGAGCAAACUAUUAAUAGUUCAGAUAGGGUUGGAAGGGGAAGUAAUAGAAGGAGAGAUUGAUUUACCGCCACUUUUAAAGUUGCAUGAAGAGUAUAGAGGUCAAGAUAAUGUGAGGAUAGAGUACAAUGUAGAUUUUGACAUUGCAAUAAGAACUCAAAUAGAGUCUGGAAAAUUUGAUCAAUCAAGUGAAUAUUUGCUUAAUUAUGCAUCAGGUUUGAAUACUAUGGAUUUUUCUUCAGACUUUAACUUGGAUUAUAUAUAUAAAGAAAAAGAUUAUUUGGAUGAAAAUAUGAUUAAAAAUCAGAAAGGAGGAACAGAAGAAGAACAGUACAGCUUUGAGUAUGAUAACUUAAAUAGUAAUAACUACACUUGUCUAUUUAAAAACAAUAAGUACCGGAUAGAGGCAAUAAUAAUGAAAUUCUUAAAGCAUAAGCAAAAAUCACCACUUCUUAAUAUAAUACAAGUAGUAAUGAAGGAGUUGUCUUUGAAUAAAGAUGAUAGUGGUGAUAGUAUUCAAGACAAUAAGAUAAUCAGUGGAGAGAUCUUGAAGAUUUUGAACUCUUUAAUACAAAGAGAUUUGAUAGAGAUUGAUUCAGAAAAUGAACAAUUUUAUAAUUAUAUACCUUAA